UUAACUAACUAUACAUAAUGAAAAUUUUCCUUAAUUUAAGUAAAGCAGAGAAUUUCUCAUGGUUUAGGCUCCCUGGAUUCUCUCUUCCAUUUUCUCCUCCUUCAACGCCCUUCUUCUCGACCUUUAAUUUGGUUUCAACAAAUUUUUUUUCCUUUUGGGUGUUGAAGACAAGGGUUUUCUCAUGGUUUUAUUUUGCUUCUUUCCUCAAUGAUUAUACGUGCCGAUAGAUUAUAUUUUACCAAGCAAUGCUAAGAAGUUUGAGGAGAUCAUAAAAAGGAGUUGAAGUUGGAUGGGUAUAGGAUAUUGAAACACACAAUUUUUGUCCGUGUGGGGAGGGACAUAUUAUUGAUUUUGUUGCAUUUUGGUCCUUGAACAUAUAUAGAAACAUUAGGAUUGUGAUUGAGAUAUAUAGAGAUAGGAAAGGAACGAAAGAGACAAUUAGUUAAAGAGGAAGCUGGAAUUGGGGAAUGUCAGAAUCGGGGGGUGGUUCUUCUCCGCCAGCGAUGUCAGGCUCCUCCCCUCCUGCAAGCGGCGCUGGCAACGAAACCAACAAGAAUACACCAACAGCACCCUCUCCGACUUCAACGUCAACUUCAUCACCUCCUCCUCCUCCUGAUGAUUCUUCAAAUAACCAGUCAUCUUCAGAAAAGAAGUCACCUGAAACCUCUCCACCCCCUGCGCCACAGGAAAACGAAUCACCCCCGCCUCCAUCGUCUUCUUCAACGCCAUCAUCCUCCAAACCACCUCCUAGCCCUCAAACUCCUAAGCAGCAGCAAUCACCGCCAGCGACACCUCAAACGCAAAACCCUCCUAAACAGCAGCAGCAGAAACAUCAAUCACCACCAGCUCCCAACACCCAUUCUAAGGAAUCAUCUCAGUCUUCGUCGGGAAGUUCUUCUUCUUCCUCUAGUUCUCCAGAUAAUUCCACCAAAAGUAGUCCUUCACCACCGCGACCUUCACCGGGAACCUCACAAUCACAAUCUUCAGCCAACUCCACUUCAUCGUCUCCACAAAUAUCUUCAUCUGCUCCAGCAAAUGGAUCUUCUACUACAUCAUCGUCUACUUCUUCUCCUAAAGCAUUAGGUCCUACGACUCUAAGUACAUCAAAAAGUCCCAGCUCUACCUCAAGCGAUGGAUCCUCCCCUUCAGGAGGCUCCAAUAAUAGUAAACAAAACAAUGUUAGUGGUCAUGACAAAACUCUCAACUAUGAAGCUGUGAUUGCUGCGACGGUGGUGGGUGUUUUGGUCGUUGUAUUCAUUAUCUUGUUUUUUUAUUUAAGGGGAAGAAAGAAGAACCGAAAAAGUCCCUAUGCUAAUUAUAACAGGCCACCACCGACUAACUUUUUAGUGACUUCAGAUGCUCAAAUGGGACAUUCUCCCCAACAUGAUACCUUCCAUUAUAAUUCCCAAUUACAUUGCCAAGAAUCUAGUAUGGUAAACAGCCCUCAAAAGGAACAGAAUUACCAUGGUCCCGACUCGGGUAUUAUGGCUGGUUCUAAGACAUAUUUCACGUACGAAGAGUUGAUGGAAAUGACCAACGGAUUCGCUCGUCAGAACAUUAUUGGUGAGGGUGGGUUUGGUUGCGUUUUCAAGGGUUGGAUGGCAGAUGGGAGAGUUGUGGCUGUUAAGCAAUUGAAGGCAGGUAGUGGGCAAGGGGAGCGAGAAUUUCGAGCUGAAGUUGAGAUUAUUAGUCGCGUUCAUCAUAGACAUUUGGUCUCUUUGGUUGGAUAUUCUAUGGCUGAAAAACAAAGAUUGCUAAUCUAUGAAUUUGUUCCAAAUAACACUCUUGAGCAUCAUUUACAUGCUAAAGAACUGUCGUUGCUUGAAUGGGACAAAAGAGUCAAGAUUGCUUUAGGAGCAGCAAAGGGUUUGGCAUAUUUACACGAAGAUUGUCAUCCAAAAAUCAUUCACAGAGACAUUAAGUCGGCAAACAUUUUAUUGGAGGACAAUUUUGAAGCAAAGGUUGCAGAUUUUGGGCUUGCCAGACUUAACGACACUAGUCAAACGCAUGUUUCAACUCGAGUGAUGGGGACAUUUGGGUACCUGGCACCAGAGUAUGCUUCAAGUGGGAAGCUAACGGAUAGAUCAGACGUUUACUCAUUUGGGGUGGUGCUUCUAGAGCUUAUUACAGGGAGAAAACCAAUUGAUUCAACUCAACCUUUGGGAGACGAAAGUUUGGUCGAAUGGGCACGACCGCUCCUUAUACAAGCCCUUGAGAGUGGUGAUUUUGGUGAACUAAUAGAUCCACGGCUUAAAAAACAUUAUGUAAAGAGUGAGAUGGUUAGGAUGGUCGAGGCAGCUGCAGCUUGCGUUCGGCAUUCUUCUUCAAAGCGGCCUCGCAUGGCACUGGUCGUAAGAGCUUUGGACUUCGAGGGGGAUCCCGAUCUCUCAAAUGGGGUGAAAUACGGUGACAGCAUAGCAUAUGAUUCAGGCAAGUAUAGUGAAGAAAUUGCCGAGUUCAGAAGGAUGGGACUUAGUAGUACUGAGAACAGCUCCGAAAUUGACAUGUAUGGUAGUGAGUACAAUUCGAAGGAAAUGGAACGUGGACAGUCCGACUUUUGGAAGUCCCAAAACAGUUCGGGUGACUACACUAGUGGGGAGUUAGAAACUCGAGCCUUAAAAACUAGAUAGUAGGGAGUAUACAGGAGGAAGUGCCUCUAAGCUACACUAGUUUUGCCUUCAGAUGAAUCUUAAUUAAUUAUUCCCACAUCUAAGUCCUACUUUGUUUACUUCCCCUUGAUGGAAUAUCGGUGUGGGAAAAGCUUGUCAAGCUUAAUAAUAUAGGUAAAACUAACUUCACAUGCUUUCAGAAUUA